AUGGAUUCUACCCCGGAACUUCCCGUUCACACGUCCGAGGAUCUCGACAAGGAGCAACCUGUCACUCAAAAAAUAUCCAAUCCUUACCCAUCCCAUCCCAUCCCCCAGCUCCAAGGCCCGUUUGAGGAAUCAAUCGUGGAAACGACCGAUGGUUCAGCAACUAAUUGGGUCGUUGACAUCGAUGCGCAAACCCGGCGGCGCGAUCUAUUGAAGAAUGAAGAAUACGAGCGGCUUUGUGGGCGAAAGUGGCGCCAAAGGGCCUCUGAAAAAUAUCAUCCGUUUUGGAAAUUAGUUUCCCAAAUGAUCUUCGGAGUUCACCUCCUAGCCAAGAGCCUGGCAAAAUCUGAAACGUCAGUUAUGAAGAUCCUACAGAAACAUGUUAAUGAGUUGGAUGGCUUUUUGGAAAGGACCACCGAAGAUUUCUUGAUCGUCCGGUUAGACGUUCACACUCGAAUUCAGUAUCUUAGUCUACCACUGGGAAACCUCGAUGUCUUCGAUGAGAUGCUGGAAGACCGGAAUUUCCGGCUAUCAGUUGUCUCUUACAAUGAUCAGAUCGAACAUUCUAUUGCCAGAUUCACCCUUGCCAUCACAGAUUCACUCAAGGACCUACAAAAGGCGAAGGAGGCCUUAGGUGCACUGUGGUUCUACUUCCGCAAACUUACAGACGAUGGUUGCUUCAAGUCUGAGAGCCUCAGGGCUUUUCAUCAGGCCAUGGUGGACAAUGUGGAGGGUUGGAUUGUCGCCCUCUCCAAACUUCGUCGACGGGGCACGGCUCUUCAAAAGGCCCUAAUCCAACUUGGCUUGGCGACUACCGAAAUGCAACGACGGGUGGGGAUAGCGAGUAGAAAGGACGUGCAAUCGUUUAUUAAACAUACCAGCAAGGCCCCAGAUCGAAAUAAGUCAGUCAAACAAAGAAUUUUUGACAGAGGACAGCCGAUCUCAGAAAAACCUCUUCCUCUUGAUCCAUUAUCGAAGUCAAAGAGGACACCAACAGCUUCCAAACAGUUUGAGAGUCCUCCUUCCACAGCUAAAACCCAAACCAGCAUCCCUGCGGACCAACCCAUCCCAAGCGAUGGCAUCCGGCGCAGGAUCAUGAGUCGGGCCAAAUCAUGCAAUGUUCUCCCAGCAGAAGCUGGCACAGGCGCCAGCAACGAACCACCACCCGUUCCAUCGACACCCGGCAGGCUCAAACGGCAGCUCUCGAAGCACUUCCUACCCAAACGAUCUGUCAGCGAGAAACUCCAAGCUCGACCGAAAACAGCACCUUCACAGCCCUCACGACUCUCACGCAACAUCUCCAUAGAACAACUCCGGGCAUUCUGCGCCACUCCACGCCCUCGAACUGGACAAUCCACCGUCAAAUCACCCACACACGCGCGACAGGAGGCCCACAACCAACUUGCGAGUGGCCAGGAGACCAUGAAGAACCAGAUAUCCCAGUUCCUCAAGACGGACCGCGUGGUUGAAGCCUGGGAUAACGUAUCCAAGACUGCGUGUUGUACCCCUCCGAUCACCAAGACGAGGGACUGGCCCAGCAGCAUCUUCCGGACCAAGUCUUCUACCACCCUAGAAAAUAAAGGCAACACCAGCCUCCCCAGGCCGGACCUGCAACGGCAGAUGUCCUGGGUACAGGAGACCUUCGACGUAUUACCUACAUACUCGUUCAAAACCAAACCUGAUAUGUCGCCCCGGAUCCAUGUUCUAUCGGUGCAGAUGACCCACGAGGACACUAAUUGGGUGGCUGAGAGGGAGACGAGUUUGGAUCAGAAAAGUGAACACGGGUUGAGUAUCACCGCGUUGCCGGCUGUACCGCCAUCCAUUCCAUCGUCAUACACCCUCGAUAUUGGUGAGUUCUAUAACAAUCCGUCAAGAGGUAUAUCACUGAUCCCUCACAGCUCUGGUUACUAUGGAGAUGAGGACUGCUAUUCCACCUGGGAUUCUUGGGGUCGUUGGGUAGCGUUCGCCGUGAUCGUCGGUGUAGCCUUUCUACUCUUCUUCGGUUUUGCAUGCUUCAACGCACGCCGCCGCCGAACUCAUGGUCAACGUCCUAUCAUAGGAACCGGGUGGAUGGCUCCUCCUCCGGGACCUCCUCCGCCAAACCAACCAAUCUACCAGCAACCUCCCUACGGCGAUCCUUACUAUCAGCAAAAUGCGCCCCCACAAUACAGCCCGAACCCCCAGCAUCAUGGCUACUUUGGUGCGCAAAGCCCACCACAACAGCAAGGCAUCGAGUUGCAGCAGCCUCCGAAUGCGUACGGUGCCCACGGAUAUGCGCCGCCUCCUGGUCCACCGCCCAACGGCAACAAGGACUAA